CUCCGUCGCCAUGAGGGGAGCGCCGGGGCCGGUGGUAGCGGUCGGGUCCUCGGAACCAGAGGACAUUAGUGAAUCUGCAGAAGAGACCAUUAAUUUUAAUGUUGGUGGCUGGCGUUUCUCCAUUCCCCAGAGUAAAGUUGCCCAGUUUCCCGAGUCUCUGCUCUGGAAAGAAACCUCUGUACUAGAUCACUCUGAAAAUCUAAGGUUAUUUAUUGACCAAGAUGGAUUUACAUUUAGACACCUUCAUUAUUACCUGCAGACUUCAAAACUGUCUUUUUCCAGCUGUGCUGAAUUGAAUUUAUUGUAUGAGCAAGCACUAGGUUUGCAGCUGACUCCUUUAUUACAGACCUUGGAAAAUUUGAAGGAGGGGAAACAUAAUUUACGUGUCCGGCACGCAGAUAUACCCAUAGCUGAAAGAGCAUCUCUGAACUACUGGAGAACACGGAAAUGUAUCAGCAAACCCUCGGAGAUCCCUCUCAAAAGUCCAGCCUGCUCAGGAUUACAGGAGAGAGCUCCCCUAGGGCUAAUGGAUACACCGUUACUCGAUACAGAAGAGGAAGUGAAUUACUACUUUUUGCCACUGGAUUUGGUGGAGAAAUAUCCUGUGCUAAUUAAUGAUGACAAUUUGCUGUGGCUCCUUGAGAACGCAGCUCUGAUCGAGUGCAACUGCAGCGAAUUCCGCUUCAUAGUGAAUUUUCUUCGCUCGGAGGAGAUGCUGUUGCCCGAUGAUUUCUCCAGCCUAGAUSUUUUGGAAGAAGAAGUUGCCCUUUUGGGAAUCCCAAAGCUUACAGAUGCUGUGAAAAUCUACAGGGGCAGCUGCUCCAGCCUUGAAGGGGGUGUGGAGGGCUCCGAAAGGCGGGCGCCGGGGGCCGAGGCGCCCGCGCGAGCCCCGCUCUACGUCCUGGCCCUUGGUCUGCUCGUCAAAUACCCCGACUCAGCCCUGGGGCAGCUCUCCGUCAGCAGCAGUUUAGACAGAAACCGGCUGUACAUCUCUGGGAACGGGGUCCUCUUCCAGCACGUGAAGAACUGGUUGGGAACUGGCCGACUCCCUCUUACUGAAAAUAAGUGUGAAAUCCAGGAACUUUGUGCUUAUUUGGACAAAAGGGACAUUACAUAUGAGCCAAUGAAAGAUGCUUUAAAAUGCUUUCUGAAGCGACAGGUGCCAGCAAAGUGCAGAGAUUAUACUCUAGAUGCAGACUGGACGGCAGAAGUAUCAGCCUGCUCAUUGCAUCAGAUUGUGAAAGUUUAUGUUGGAAGCAACUGGUACGAGACCUACUUACAGACUUUAUUGAAGUACCCGGAGCUGCUGUCAAAUGACAAGAAAGUCUGUUGGAUCACGUAUGGUCAAAGCCUUCUCAUCCAUGGUGAUGGGCAGAUGUUUCGGCACGUUCUCAACUUUCUAAGACUUGGCAAGUUAUUUUUGCCAUCUGAAUUUAAGGAAUGGCCUCUAUUUUGUCAAGAAGCAGAGGAGUACCAGAUCCCUUCCCUUUUAGAGGCACUUUAUCGUUGUGACGCAUACAGAUUAUGGAUCAAAACCCGUGAACUUCCCCAAGAAGCUUCUUCUCCACGUGGAGGAUUAAGCAUUGAGACUUGGAAUAAGGAGACUCAGAUCAGCAAAGACUUGAAAGAAGAAUAUUCCUAUGCAGCUGUGGAUGUCAAUAAACAUUAUAUUAAUACGUGGAGUAAAAUAAAGGAUCCGAAGGCAAAGCAAGAUGCCAGUGAGGAGAGAGCCAGGUAUUGCAGAAUGAUUUCGCGGGCGCGAGGGGCGAAGCGGAGGAGUAAACUUGGAGGAUGCCACAAGUCCUCCGACAUCCAGGUGGCUUGUGGCUAUUACAAGCACUCGGGAAGCCCUCCAAGGAAGAGAGGGAUCCAAAGCAGUUUAGCAAAGAAAUUCGAUUGCAAAGACUCCGCGACUCCCAUCCAGAAGCUGAUUUCCCUGGUAAAGGAGUGGGACAUGAUGAGCUCCGAGAGAUGUGACUUCCAACACGUGGCUGUAUCUGAUGGGGAUAUCACGGACCACGUAUCCCAGCAUGACRCUCCCGGGAAGCACCGUGGUGUGGAGGGCUCUCCUGCUGCUUCUGCUGGGAAAAUAAGCUGUGCAAUAGAAAAUAACAACAUGGCUAGAUACAAAGCUGGGGCUGAAGAACAGCAGCUGUGCUCAUACGUGUUCAAGCAGAGCUUGCCAGUUACUCCACUCUCUGGAAAACACCAGUUCAACGCCAUAGAARCUGCCCUUGCAAUGGGGAGAGCUGCCGAGAGCAGAAACUGGGAGCAAGCACAAGGAAGGUUCCCGGGUGCCGUAGGGGACCAGCACUCGCCGCUGGAAUUCAUCCCCAUGAAAAGCAAGACAACGGACAAUGCACAAGGCCGCGUUGUUCGGGGAGAGCAGAGCAGCGCCGGCCUCAUCCUCCGGGUCGAGCACCCGCCCGUGAUGGGCAGGGACGGGCUCUGCACGUGCAGCGAGGAGAGCCUGGUGUACAAUACAGUUUUUCUAAGUUUUGCCCUCUCGCAUGCCGAGAUAUUCUACGCUAGGAAAUGCCACUGUUUCCUGACCGGGGUUAUCCUGGACUCACUAAAGCAGAAGGAUCCCAAGGAAAUCACAGCCCAAGUCAUGACGCUCGUGAAGAGGCUCUGGACCCUGCAGAUGAACCCCAAGGACUUCGUGGCGAGUUUGCUGAGCACGGGAUGUUUUCAAGGAGAUGGAUGCGUUUGUGAGGCGCUGCUCAAGUGGGUGGAAUUUACCCUGCCCUUUGCACGCAAGUACAGCCGCUGCAUCGAUGUCCUGAUACGGAGAGGCUUUGCUAGAGCAGUAUCCUACUUGGCSUUGGAAAUGUAA